AUGGCCCACUACUGCGAUACGGUUGGGAUUGAUCUUGGAACCACACGAUCUUGUGUUGCUGUCUGGGAUGGGACGCAGGUGCACGUCAUCGCCAACGAGAGCGGUGACAACACGACGCCAUCCUGGGUUUGCUACCCUGACUUGAAGCAAAGACGAGUUGGAAAGGCUGCUGAACGCGCCGGCACCAAGUAUGCGAGCAGUGUGAUUUACCAUUCAAAGCGUUUGAUCGGCUGUCGAUAUGGCGAGAAAGUGAUUCAGGAUGCCGCUAACCUGCGAUGGCCUUUCCGAGUCGUUGACCAGGUAGUCACAUUCUUACAGGGAGACGGAGGAGCUGCCAUUCAGAUCACCGUUGCUGGGCAGCCGAAGAUUGUGACCCCGGAAGAGGUUGGAGCCGGUAUCCUUUCCUACCUCAAGAAGGUUGCGGAAGAGUUCAUCGGGCGGCCAGUCAAGAAGGCGGUUAUCACCGUCCCAGCAUACUUCAACGAUUCUCAGCGUCAAGCUACGAGGGAUGCAGGCAGGAUCGCUGGUCUUGAGGUCAAGAGGAUCAUCAACGAGCCGACGGCUGCUGCUCUUGCCUUUGGUGUGCUGGAUUCUCAUUCUAUGGGCACGAAGAACUUGCUGGUGGACUGCUGCCGAGUGUUUGACGUCGUUGGUGAACGUAAUGUUCAGGUGUUCGACUUCGGUGGUGGUACUCUCGACGUCACCAUCAUGCAAAUCGAAGCGAACUCGAUGAACUUCCUGGUCUCUUGCCGCCCGCGAUCUCCUGCUCCUGCUCAUUGCCUGCCCUGCCAGGUCCGUGCGACCGACGGAGACACGAGGCUGGGAGGCGAGGACAUCGAUGCAAGAUUAGUCGACCACUUUCUUGAUGUCUUCCAGAAGCACACUGGCGUCGACCUUGGUAACGCCAAGGAGAGCGACAAGAAGAAGAAGGCCCUCGCGAAGCUGCGAGCGGCAGCAGCACAGCUGAAGAUCGAUCUCUCAAGGAUGACGGAGUCCGACAUCUGCCUCGACGAGCUCUACCAGGACGAGACGCUGGAGGCGAAGAUGACGCGCGAUGAGUUCGAGUCCUUGGUCGGCGACUUGCUCGAGAGGGUCCGGCUGCCCGUGAUGAGGGCGCUCGAGAAAGUCCAUGGUGGGAUGAAGGCCGAGGACAUCGACCAGGUUCUCCUCGUCGGAGGUUCCAGUCGCAUCCCCAAAGUGCAGCAGAUCCUUCAGGAAAUGUUCCCCAACAAGGAACUGUGCAGGAGGAUCAACCCAGACGAAGCCAUUGCUGUCGGCGCAGCCAUGGAUGGCUCCCACCAGUAUCAGAUGGUGGAUGUCGUUCCUCGAGCCCUCGGCGUCGCUACAGCCAAUCACGAGGAUCCAUCACGCCAGUUCACAACCAUCAUCAUCCCAGCUUGCUCACCCAUCCCCGAGGGAGGACUCAUCGUUACCUCCUCCUUCGGAACCUCCCGUGACAAUCAGACCGGCGCGGACAUCGAAAUCUGUGAAGGAGAGGAGCGAUACUUCGACGAGAACACCCACUUGGGAGAGUUCGAGCUGAGCGGACUUCCUCAACGAGGACGAGGAGAGAUCACGAUCAACGUCACCAUGAGCGUCGACAAGGACGGAAUCCUGACAGUCACUGGGACUGCGGAAGGGACUGACAUCAAGAAAGACAUCUCGGUCAGAGCGAACAAGGGACGCAUGUCAGAAGAUACCAUCCGCCGGCUUCAGACUGAGAACGAGGAGUAUGAGAAGUACAACACGAGAGAUCCCUGAAGUCUCUCUGCACGUGUUGAGUUGUUGCGUGCAACUCGUUGAAGCGACCAAGUCAAUAAAAGAUACUGAGGAUG